GCAGCGCUGGCUGCGCCAAGAUGAGGCGUCGUCCCGGUGCCAUCUGAACCCCCUCUACGACUGACCCGGAACCGGAGAGAGAGAGAGAGAGCGAGAGAGAGAGCUACACACAUAAAGAGAGAGAUAGAGACUGAGCGAGAGAGAUAGACACACACACAGAAAGAGCGAGAGAGAGAGAGCGCAAGAGCGAGAAACCAUCUUCUCUCACAACCCAUCUUCCGUUUCGUUUUGGACGACACCGCAGCGAAAGUCGUUUAUUUCAGCAUCUUUUCUCUUUUUUUCACCUCCUACUCCUCCCGUUCUUACUGCACCCCCCCCCCUCCGUUAUUAUCGGUCUCCUCGGUUGAAAGGAGAACGCGGAGACCCCGGUCGUGAUUUUUGUGGAAAUCCUUUUUGGCAUUCAUCUUUAUUUUAUUUCCUGCUGAGUGUUGGUAGCGCGCAGUUGGUGCGCGCUUCUGCAAAUUCCGGUGAAUGGUGGAUUUGGCAAACAUGGAGACCGUGGAGAAGGAAUGCGGGGCCCUCGGGGGUCUAUUCCAGGCGAUCGUCAACGACAUGAAGUGCUCCUAUCCUGUGUGGGAGGACUUCACCGCCAAGGCAACCAAGCUGCAUUCCCAGCUCCGAACCACUGUCCUGGCUGCUGUGGCCUUUCUGGAUGCCUUUCAGAAGGUGGCAGACAUGGCUACUAACACCAGAGGGGCCACCAGAGACAUCGGUUCAGCUCUGACCCGGAUGUGCAUGAGGCAUCGCAGCAUUGAGGCCAAACUUCGCCAGUUCACCAAUGCUCUGAUGGAGAGUCUGAUCACUCCUCUCCAGGACAAGAUUGAGGACUGGAAGAAGACCGCCAACCAGCUGGAUAAGGAUCAUGCCAAAGAGUACAAGAGGUCCCGCCACGAGAUCAAGAAGAAGUCCUCCGACACCAUGAAACUACAGAAGAAGGCUCGCAAAGGGCGAGUGGACCUGCAGCCCCAGCUGGACAGCGCCAUGCAGGAUGUGACAGACUUGUGUCUGCUGAUGGAGGAGACGGAGAAGCAGGCGGUGCGCCGGGCCCUCGUGGAGGAGAGGGGUCGCUUCUGCACCGUCAUCGGCUUCCUGCAGCCCGUUGUGAAAGGAGAGAUCGCCAUGCUGGGAGAGAUCACCCACCUCCAGGCCAUCAUUGAUGACCUCACUGUGCUGACAACCGAUCCUCACAAACUGCCCCCAGCUAGUGAACAGGUGAUUAAGGAUCUGAAAGGGUCCGACUACAGUUGGUCCUAUCAAACCCCUCCUUCUUCCCCGAGCAGCUCCGGCUCCCGCAAGAGCAGCAUGUGCAGCAGUGUCAACAGCGCCCACAGUAGCGCCUCCCGUUCAUCAGGGGGAGGUGGCGGCAUCGGUGUAAGUGGUGGAGGCUCGGGGCCCCACUCACCCACCUCCUCCUCCUCCUCCUCCUAUCGCUACCGCAGCAACCUGCCGCACCAGCCUCUGCCACCAGGGGGCAUCGCCGCCCACCGCCUCAGCAGCGUCUCCUCCCACGAUUCGGGCUUUGUGUCCCAGGAUGCGAACAUCUACUCCAAGCCCCCCUCACCCAUGCCCUCAGACAUCACUAGCCAGAAGUCAUCCAGCUCGGCAUCGUCAGAGGCCUCAGAAACAUGCCAGUCAGUCAGUGAAUGCAGCUCCCCUACCACCGAUUGGUCCAAAGCAGGUCAGUACGAGCAGUCGGCGGCUGCGGCGACCAUCCAGAGGAGGAAGGAACCGCUCGAUAGGCUGAGGGAGAACGAGAUGUCGCCGAGCUCCCAGGGAUACGCCGGGCCGUCCCACCCUGAUGACGCGCAGAGAUACAGGAUGACCCCGGCUAGCAUUGCUGCUAAGCAUGGAGAGGAGGUGUCUCCAGCCGCCAGUGACCUGGCCAUGGUGCUGACCAGAGGACUGAGUAUGGAGCAGCAGAAAAGCAAGAGAGACUCCCUGCAGUACUCCAGUGGCUACAGCACAGAGACCACAACCCCCUCCUGCUCCGAGGACACCAUUCCUUCACAAGGUUCAGAUUAUGACUGCUACUCAGUGAACGGUGAUGCUGAAGGACCAGAUGGACAGACAGAGUUUGACAAGUCCUCCACCAUUCCUCGACACUCUAAUAUUGCCCAGAACUACCGCCGCAUGAUUCAGACCAAGAGGCCAGCAAGCACAGCCGGCCUACCCAGCGGGGUUCUUGGUCCUGGGGGUCAUGGGAUACCAGGACAACCCGGCGGACCUGGAGCAGGGACUCCAGGCACCGCCACCAUCCGCCGAACCCCAUCUACCAAACCGGGCGUGAGGCGCACGCUGUCCAGUGCGGGGCCCAUCCCCAUCCGACCACCCAUCGUGCCCGUCAAGACACCCACGGUUCCCGGACACUCGCAUUCACUCGGCGCAGCUGGUGGCGGGUACGCAGGUGGGGGCCACUCGGGUGGCGUGCCUGUGCGCGUGGGCAGUGAGGAGUGCGUGUUCUUCACCGGAGUCGACGACGGGCAGGGAGCUCUCGAUUAUGUGAAGGCCUCACCGAAGCGCCUCAGCCUGCCGAACACCGCCUGGGGAUCGGGGGCGGCGCUGGAGGUCUACACCCAGCAGCACGGAGGCCUCGCCAUGGGAGCGGGAUCCGGGGCCGGAUCAGAGGAGGAUCAGAUGAUCGCGGCCAAUCGGCACAGCCUCGUGGAGAAGAUCGGCGAGUUGGUAGCCAGCGCUCACGCCCUCGGAGAGGGGCAGUUUCCUUUCCCCGCCCUCCCCGAUGACGCGGCCCUGCCACCAACCGGCCCCACCAACGCAUUGUCAGGGACGGAGGGGGCGAAAGGUUCUGGUGACAUGUUGACCACCAUCAGGAGAGGAGUCCGCCUCCGCAAGACCGUCUCCAAUGACCGCUCGGCGCCGCGCAUUUUGUGAUUGGAGGAGAAGCAACGAGAGGAUGAUACUAGUCAGCCAAUAGGGAGUCAGGUGUUGGUGUGGUGCAACCCAACCGCCUAGUACAUACACAGACACUUAACUACGUAGGGAAAGCUAUAAUAUAAGAGAAGAUAAAUGAAAACAAACACAAAAAAUAAGUUUAAAGACACCAUUAGGGUAAAUGAUAUAUAAUAUAAUGAUAAUAUUAACAUUAAAAAUGUUAACUCACACUGACAAAUACAAGUGAGAUACUGAAUAUUGACAGGCUCCUAGCAGGCCACUAUAACUAGUGUGUGUUGGAUGCAUGUUUGUCUUCUCUACACCUUCACCCAGGGACGAAAAGACUCGCAGGAAAAACAGAUAUGAUUAAAAAAAGAAGAGGCAAAAGAAAGAGAGAAAGACUGGGUUUCUGUUUGUCGACUUACACCUUUCCCCAUCCUCUUCUCCACCUAGCCUGGCUGUCUAAUCCCAGAUGAAAGACUGAAGGACGGUCCUGUGGGGGCGAGAGAGAGAGAGAGAGAGGGGGGGGGGGGGGGGUGAGAGUGCCGUGUGACCAGCUGGAUUAAAACCCCGGCUGUCUCAGCAGCAACAUAUUGUACUUAUUAGUCCACUGAACUGAAGCUUUGGUAUUAGCACGGGGAGCUAACAAGCCAGAGGGCUCCUCUGGUUCAUCCUAAUGUAAAAAAAAAAUAAUUAUGUUGGCAUUGAACCGUGCUAGUGCCCCCUUCCCCCCUCUUUCUCUCUCUCUCUCUCUCUCUGUGUGUGUGUGUGUACUGUGUGCGGAGAUUCAUGUGUAGGCAUGUGAAAACGUAAGCGUGUGUGUGCGCCCAUGUGAUUGAUUGUGUGGGUGUGAGGGUGGUUGGGUAGAGCUCUGCUGCAGGACAGCUGGUUACCCAACAAGGGCAGGGCUUUUUUUCUCCUGUGUGUCGUACGUGUGUUUUCUUCUUCCUAUCGUGACGUCAUUUACCUUGUUGCAGCCGUACGACAAGUUGCGAGAAGUAAUCCAGGCGCAUAGAUAUAUUCAUAUAUAUUUUCUAGAACCAGAGAGAAAAUGCUGAAAUCAGAAAUGGAGCAAUAAAUGUGUGUUUUAUUUUUCUUGUUUCUGAGAGGAGGAUUAAUGGGGGAGGGGAGAAUGGGGGGGGGGGGGUGGAGGUUCUCCUUUGUCCCAUUCAGGCAAUCAUCAGGAAAGCUAAAUUACACAUCGACUGUGAAUCCACGCCUCGUCGUUGUGUUUUGUUGUCUCUCUCCCUGUCCCCGUCUCUUCCUGGUGGAGGAAAUGGAUUACAAAAAUGCUGAAAAAAGUAACUGUAAAGCACUUUUGAUAGGAGAUGCAGCAUGUACAAUAGCCAAUGGGUGUCGCGGAACUCAGACUGAAUGAAAGGGAGCGUGAAAGUGAGAGAGACGGUUGCCAAUAAGAGGGAAGUAAAAUAUACAGUUUAUAGAAGGAGUAGAAGACAGGGAGGGACAAAGAGGAAGUGAUGAAGACCGGUGGAGUUGGAGCGAUUGGUCGAAUGAGAGAAGGGAAAAGAAAGUAGAGCAAAAAUAUUUAACCCCAAAAUUGUAUAGGACGUCAGGACUCUUCAGGAUUCUACAAGUACGGAAUUAACACGUGGUGGCACUUGUGUCUAAUUUCAUGAUGCAAAUUCAAAUACACUGUACAGAAAGGUCAGACUAAAUGGUUGUUUGACCCAAGCGACGAACAAACCUAUUUUCUUUGGAGCCUCGGAGAUUCCCCUUCACUGUAUUGGGGGGAGGCGGAGAUCUCACAACCUGGCCGGAUAAAAAACACGUCUAGACAAUGUAGAUGCAGACAGUAGAAAAUAUGUCUUUGUAAUUUGGGUUCAACAACACUUCAGCUAUCAUCGACAAUAGGCUUGAAAUAACUUUGAGAGUAUAUUACGUUUGUUGGAGAUACAUGAAUAUACUUAUCCAACAGGCCAGUGUCCAAAAAAACUGCAAACUAAUCUCUUACAUCUCAUCUAUAAAUACUGUACAUGUUUGCAUUGUGGGGAAGUUAAACCUCGAACAUAGUUGAAUUAUCACCCAGGUUGGCUCCAAUUAAAACCCUUACAGAAAAAACUACAACGUUUUUUAAUUCAUACACGGACAACAUGCAAACACUCAAGUACAGAGGGUUAUAGUUGCAAUAAUGUCACCAUAAUAAGAGUCAAAAAAACAAAACAGUUGGUUGCUCAGUGUUGGGCCACCAUUAGCUUCUCGCUAGCAAAGAGUAGCUUUGUCAUCUCUGAAGGGAUGUUACCUACUAUUACUGUUGAGUAAUUGAUUUGUUAAGUUAGUUGCCCAACACUGGUUACUAAUGAGCGGUGUCCCCUGAAACGUAAAAGAAAACGACUAAAAUCCAGCAUGUGUCCAGUCCCCGAAAUCAGAGGUCGUUCCAGUAAUCGGGUUGUCUGAGUGGACCGGACCAGUCCGGUUCAGCUCAGCACAGUGCAGAGGAACCAGCUCAGGACGCGGCUGCAUAGGAGGAUUGUUUACGGACACUCGGAUGUGAGACUUAUGAAGAAGCAGGAGGGUUUGGAUUUAGACUGACAGCGAGAGGGAGUGUGUGUGUGUGUGUGUACGUGUGUGUGUAUGCGUGUGUGUCCGCGUGUGUUAGGAGUGAGCGUUUCACUGCCGGUUCAUAAAAUAUGUACUGUUUGUGCUCUACUUGUAAAUGGGAAUCAGGCACACAGAUUUAAAAGGUUUGUGAGAAAAUAUCACAUGGAAUAUUCUGUUCAGUAUUUCGUUUGUUUUUAUUUCAUUCUGCAGUAUUUUUUGAAUAUUUAGUCUUACUUUUAAUCAAUGUCAAAAAGAAAAAAAGACCAAACCUCCAGUUGAAACACAAACUGCUCAUCGGUGUAACAUCUGGAUGUGCGGCGGCGUGCGGACCGAGUGAGUGUGUCCUCGUUUGGCUUUGUUUAGGAUGAGGGGAGGAGGGGCGACUACUGUGCGUGUUGUCACAUGUGGAUGCUGUGUGUCGUAUCAGCUGAAUCUGAUUGGUUGAGAGGGUGGAAGGGCAGAGCAGCGGUCUUGGGCUGCAUAACCGCCCCUUCCAAAAAAGAAGGAAAGAAAACACAUUUCUAUGAGAAAAUGUUCUUCUGAAGACCAUCAAGGUCAUGGUCACACUGUACAUGAAUAUAAUACACUGUACGUAUGCUGAAUGUAAUGCAAGGUGAGAGGGGGGGGGUCAAACUGUGCGGGUUUGACUCGGCUGAACCGUGUCAGAACUUUGUUCUUGUACAACUGAAUGAAGUUCAAAACCGCAGGGAAGCAAUACAGCGGAAGUGCGCAUGCUCCAGUAUGGGUGCGUUAAAGGAAAAUACCACUGUUCGGUCCACUCGGAUGGCUAAGAUUUCGAUUUUCGUGGCACAUUUUUACAACCGCCACUAGAGACGAUCCCAUUCGCCUGCCAGUGCUUUGUGUUUUAUUCAUUCCAGUGCAAAACUGAAACAACUGAUUUCACUGCAAGUUAUCUACAGUCCAGUAUUGCUUGAGGAAAGGGUUAAUCCUGCCCCCAGGAUGGAUUGCCCUCAGGACAACGACCAGGACAGGACACUCAAAAUGUAUGCGUCGAGACAGCCAGAUCACACCGCUGGCUGCAGGAUGAGUGUGAGACGAGAGUACGAUACAACUGCUAUUUUCCUUUAAAAUGCCUGGUUAACAGCACACAAAAGUUAUCUCACUAAACAAUAAUGUUUCUUCUUCUUCUUCUUUGUUUUUAAACAUGCUGAAUUAUCUGUGUACUGAACUAACUGUCUAAACAAGCUGAUCUAACUACUCUCUGCUACAGAUGUGUCAAUAUGCCCAUUGCUUCGAGUGUGCUUGUAUGUGGGUAGAAGUAUCGGCCGACCGGCACGUGGGCGGGGCGGAGGCUUCUCGGGCAACAUAACGCUCCGCGGGAACAUACAUAGCCAGGUUGACAUGCAGGCAUGCGCACACACUCAAACACAAAAACAAUCCUCUCUCCUGAGAAAGACACAUCGUCCUAACUAACUACUGUACAGCAUGUCCAACUAGCACUGACAAAAGAAGUAACAUUUUAACAUUGAUUUCACAAUUGUAUUGAGUUAAAAAGUUGAAUAUAUCCGAUCUGAACUCUCAAUGACAUUACUGUGAUUUUAAUUCCUUUUGCCAUUAGCGGCCUUGUUGCCGAGCUGGGUAACAUCUGGAUCGGGGCAAACAUGGAUCAAGUUUCAUUUGACAGUGACACACAGUAAGCACACUCCACUCAAGAUUGAACUGAUGACACUGUGUCCCCACACAUACGGCGAGCCCGACAGAUUAUAGUGCUGUUGAGUAUUGUGUAUGUACCCUUGACUAAUAGGAGCUCACAAAGUGUUGACAGAAUUGUUUAACAUUUUGGGAAAUACCUUCCAGCACAUGGUUAGCUUAGCUUAGCAUAAAACAACAGGAAGCACAGGGAAACUGCUAGCUGGCUUUGACCAAAGUUAAAGUGGCAAUGCACAUGUUGUUGUUGUUGUUGGUUUUUUCUUCUUUUUUCCCCUAAACUUACCACUAUGAAGUACAUGUUGAUUGCACAAUGUAAUGGCAAUUUUGACAUCAUUGGGUAUUUAGAUUGGUUCCUGAUACACUUCGCUUUCACUAUGCAAUCCUGUCUGCCCUGGGUACCGUCUCCUAAGCUCCAGUCAUGGCACAAAGGAAGUGCGUCAACCAUUGAUCAGCCAAAGCGGGAAGAGGUUAGAGCUUUUGUUUUUUCCCGCAAGCUAUCCGUCGUCACCGGAGAGUGUGACGGUAACUUCUUCACAGUUAAAACGCAGCACAGUGGAAAACAAAAGCGGUUGGUAACGGCGGUUGGCAAAACUUGCUUGUUGCCACAUUAAACAAUCCAUUACUAAAGAUUAUGUCAGAGUUAUUUUAUACCUAUGGUUCUAUGGGGGGGGGGGGGGGGGAUGUCCAGUGCCAGAAUCGACGGACAGAGAAAAUAAAUAGCGCCAAUGGCUAAAAAAGCUAACUUUCCAAAAUAUUGAGCUUUUUCUUUACUAUGGAAAACAUAUUUACAGAUGAAAACCGGGGGAAGUCGUUUGAGAUGGUGGGACCGCAGUGGGACGGAGAUUUAAACACUCAACAGCACCAUUAUCUGAAAAGCCCACAGGUGUCGGCCUUCUAAAUCUGCCAAUUAAAUAACUUUCCAAUGUGUUUCAGCACUCAAGUAGGGAGACUGUUUUACACCGGUGUAUCCUUCCCUCCUUAUUCCUCUCUAUUAUCUUCUCAUUUUCUCACCUCCAUCCACUGGCGCAGAAUACCCAGGGAUGCCAUCUCGCUGACAAGUUGGAAAACAAAGCGUGUCAUGAUGAGAGUCCCAUCGGCUGCACUCGGUCUCUCUCGUGCCUCGCAGCCCAUCAAAGCUAAUGAAACAUAAUUCUGAUGAAGUCUUUAUUCACUCUGCAGUUAACAAUAGCUCAGCUCUCUCUUUCUCUCUCUCCCUCUGUCGGCCCUACACUCCCCUCCCUGUAUGUCUCUCUGUAUUUAAGGUAUGAGUGUGUGCCACUGUUCACAUGUGUGUGUGGUAAUGGCUAAUGUGUGGUUCCAUUAUGUGUCCGGGGUGUGUUGUUCAAAGAGCCAGAGGCAUUAGUGAGGCCAGAAGGCUCUCCGUUGUACACUGUAACAUGAGCUGGCUUCAAGGCAGCAGAUGGAGGCCUGACACGCCAUCUCGCUGCUAGAUUACAUUUUAAUUAAUUUUGAUCAGGCUUAUUAAGACGUCUUUUUUGGCAUCAUCUCACGGGAAGCUUAUAUUACUUUGAUGGUUUAUUGCCGAGCUUCUGUCAAAGAAACCUAAGGAUGCACAUAUGAGCAGUUAUUCAACAUGCACUGGGACCUUUUUUUACUCACGUUGGCGUCACAAGAGAUCGUCCGGUGUGCAAAGCCCAGGGUUGUUAAGACCAUCAAAACCCGGUCUCCGUCCAACUAAACUGCAUCUUCAAUAGCAAAAAUAAAUGUCUCCCCAGUAACAAUCGUGGUUUUAAACACACAAAAACCCCAAACAUGUAUUCUUAGUUAGGUUUCUAAAUAGUGACAGUUUAGCUUAAAUCUAAUACUGUUUGUUGCGUUAUUAAACUUACAGACGUGAAUAAAUAUGCGUAACGUUUGGUUUUUCACGCAUUACACAAGAAGCAGAAAGUACAAUCACGCCUUUAAAAACAUCGCAAGUCAGCAAGUCCGCAUACAGUUCUGCCGUCGCCUGCCCGUUGUGAGUUGAUGAACAUUCGGCUGCCAAGAAACUAGUUUCCCUCGUUACUCAGCUUUAUAGAAAAGCUGGCAGACUUCCAUCGCGAACACUCCUGGCAGCGUGAACACACCGUCGCAAAUCUAUGAGGAAGUGUUGCGGAGCGCUGCCUUAUUGGUGGUAGUUUCCCAUCAAAUGUGUCCGCAGUUACCUUCAUUCCCGUUUUAAGAACAGAAUCAGCAUCAGAAUCAGGUUUUAUUGGCCAAGUAAGUUUGCACAAAUAAGGAAUUUGACUUGGUAAAGUGACUCUGUGUGCUUACACAAAAUAUACAUUACAACACAAUACAAUACAAAACAAACAGUGCAACAGGACCUAUUUAAAAGAUCUUUAUUCGACUGAUUAUGAGAAUGACCCCGGGAUGUGCCCGGUAUUGUGAAGGUGCAUGGAGCCCACUCCUUUAGCCAUCUGCCCAGGUUAUUUUGAAUGUGUAUGGCUGCAUGAAUGUGUGUUGCACACGGACACGUGGUUAAGACCCCUACUGUUCCUCCCUCCCACCCACACGCAUUCUGUAAAUCCUUCCUGCUGUCUAAUACUGAAUACGCACACACACACUCGUCUGAAGCAAACAUGACAAAGGUAGUUUCUCCAAAGCUUCGUGGUGGUCCGUUUAAGUCCUCCGGGGCAUCAUGACGAAACCUGUUGCAACUUCCCGCCACACAGCCGUGCGGAGUGGCCUCAUGGGGCCGCCAUAACUGAACCGAAUGUCCCGCUGUCAAUAGUCCAGCUCUCAGAGGUGCCGUUCGCUCGCUCGCUUUCCUCUCCGUCUCUUCUUCUUCUUUGUGGCCUCCAAACCAUGAAGUCUCUCCGCAACUGACCAGUGAGUCGUUGCUGUCGGGCCAAUUCUGGUCAAAGCAUAACAUUGUGACAACAUCUGCUUCACGUCUGUACAAACCGAUAUCUUGCUCCUCCCCCUCCCCACCUGGCCCUGCAGGCGCUUUGGUCCCGUCUUUCUCUCCUCCUCCUCCUCCUCCUGUCCCCUCUCCUGCUCUUCUAUAAUUUAUUGUGACUUGAGUUCUACGGUUGUUUGGCCUCCGUCGCUGAAGGUUUUUUCUUUUUUCUGUCUUCCUUUUUGUAAAAUUGACCCUUUUUUUUGUUAACUUUAGUCACUGCUAAUGUAACAAAACGCACUGUGAUGAUUCCAGUAUUAAUAAAAGUUGUACUUAAACUGUG